AGAGCGGGGUGUAGUUGUAUAGAGAGAGGAGGCGGGUCUAAGAGGCGCAGAGUAGCAGCAGCUCAGAGACAGACAGCUAGUUGUUCUCUCUGUUAUUAUCUCUAUUCUAUAUAUUACAGGAUUAAAUCACUACAACACAACCCGGAGACAUCAGGCCGGCAUGGAGUCUUAUGACAUUCUAGCUAACCAGCCCGUUGUCAUCGAUAAUGGUUCGGGGGUGAUCAAAGCUGGUUUUGCAGGAGACCAGAUCCCCAAAUACUGCUUCCCUAACUACGUUGGGCGUCCCAAGCAUGUACGUGUGAUGGCGGGAGCCCUGGAGGGCGACCUCUUCAUCGGACCCAAGGCAGAGGAGCAUCGGGGCUUGUUGUCGGUCCGCUACCCGAUGGAGCACGGCAUCGUGAAGGACUGGAACGACAUGGAGAGGAUCUGGCAGUACGUCUACUCCAAGGAGCAGCUGCAGACCUUCUCCGAGGAGCAUCCAGUGCUGCUGACUGAAGCUCCUCUCAACCCCAGUAAGAACCGGGAGAAGGCUGCCGAGGUUUUCUUUGAGACCUUCAACGUUCCUGCUCUCUUCAUCUCCAUGCAGGCCGUCCUCAGCUUGUGAGUGGACAACUAAUGUCUCUGUUACU